AUGGUAACAAAAAGGCUAAGAGGUCCAAACGUCUUGGUUUUGGGUACUCCAGGCACUGGAAAAUCUACUUUAUGUAAGAGAAUACUUGAGAAAACAAACGUCAAUCAUAUAAACGUUUCACAACUAAUAAGUGAAAAAAAGUUAUAUAAGGAGUGGGAUGAUGAAUUCGAAUGUUCAAUAUAUGACGAGGACUUGUUACUUGAUGAGUUAGAAACAUUUGACUUUGAAAGUGGCGGUUUUUUGGUAGAAUUCCACUCAUGCGACAUAUUUAGCGAUAAUCUAUUUGACAAUAUAAUAGUUCUACGCACAGAUAUUGAGACAUUAAGCAAAAGGCUAGAAGAACGCAAUUAUACCAACGAAAAGAUUGAUGAAAACCUACAAUCGGAAAUAUUCCAGGUGGUAUUGGAUGACGCAAACGACGUAUUUGAUAAGAAUAAGGUCGUACAAUUUCAGAGCAAUACUAUGAAAGAAAUGGAAACUGUUGUAGAUUACGCAAUCUCCCUGUUCCAAGCUCAAUAG